AUGGCGAUGGAGGAAAGAGCGAGGAUGGAGCCCAAACAUCGCCCAGCUGUCCUGCUGGUUGUCCUGUUUGCCUGCCUCUUUUCCUCUGCCCAAGCCGGGUUUCUGGACUCCAUCACCAACUACAUAUCCAUUAAGAACAUGUGCAACAAGACGAUAGAUGCGACCGACUCGCAGUACAUCACGUGGGACGCCAGUGCCGAGGGCGUGGCCACUUCUUACAUCUACGGCUACGAUGACAACGUGUACUGCACACUGACCCUUCGGUACCCGGGGAGACAAUUCUACGUGCAGUACAUCCAAGUGGAUAUGGAGAAGCCGUCGUCCUCGGGCAAAGACUGCCCAGACUACGUCAGGCUGUACGACGGGAACUCCACAGCCGCCACGCCGCUGUCGUCUGCUGUCUGUGACUCUGCCAAAGCUGAUGAGAGCGUGAUCUCCAGAACUAACGCUGUGACGAUAGAGUUCAGCUCCGACAACAGGACCACCACCAACAUGGGCGUCCAGCUCCUAUACUCCACAUUCUACAGGCCCACCAACGUCAACAAAACAUGUUCGGGAAGUGACUUCCAGUGCGACAGCGGGGACUGCAUCUCAAAAGGCCUGGUGUGCGACUUCCAAGUCCACUGCGCCGACAGGUCAGAUGAAAGCAGCAAAAAGGGAUCCUCGUCCAACUGCAUAGCUCUUGGCGUGUUUGAAGACUUCGUGAAGACCUUCCUGAACCUGGGCCUGGCCGCCGUCAUCGGCAUCAUCGUGGCCGUGGCGGUGGUGCUCAUCAUCAUCAUCAUCGUCUGCUGCAUCUGCUGUUGCAAGCUAUGCAAGAAGUCAGACAACACGGCCGUCUAGGGAUGACGUC